GGAAAGAGACUGGCAUAUUCUUAUAAAUUGUGAGUGGAGCGAGGCUGCGCAGUGCGCCACACUUGUCUGGCAGUAACAGUACCAGGUUUUGUCCUGCACACUGACGACGGCGAUGAGGAUCGUGCUGUUACUGACGCUGGUGGUAGCGCUGUGCCACGGAUUUACUCAAAAUUGCCCGGCUAAGAGUAGAGCUGAGAAGAAGUUUUGGUACAAGCAGUCACUUGUCACGCAUUGCAACAGGCCCACAGAUUCCUUGGUUCAACUGAAGGUUCCUGAUGGAUAUGACUAUGUGAAGCCCAGCGUGGUCAAGAUCAACCAGUGCUCAGGUCUCUUCUGCUCUGAAUACCCGAUGAAGUGCGUGGCAAGGAGUUUCCAAACCAAGACCGUGCAAGUGGAAGCCUUUAGAAGAGGAAGUCACUCACCCACGUGUGUAGAUGUCUCCUUGCAGGAACACACUGCCUGCGGGUGUAGCUGUGACAGGACUACUUGUGAGCCUAACGAGGUUUUUGAUGAUGAGACUUGCUCUUGUGUCUGUGACCCACGCCGUAAGCGUCAGUGCGAUGCUAGGCUGGCUAAGAAUGCCGAAGUGCGUUGGUCAGAGAGCCUGCGCCUGCCUGUGUAUCCACCGUAUUGAAUGUGGCAGCAGUAUGGAAUGGAACCAAUGGUUAUGCAGAUGUGAUCCCAAACAAUAAUUGAAGUUCGACUCACUUGGCAAGGAAGUGUUGAAAAGUCUGAAUAAAUUGUUCUGGAACACAUCGCACUAAACUGGAGGAGGACAAGGAGGAGGAAGAGGAACAGUACUGCAAAGCACAUCAGUAAUAAUCUUAAGGACAUAAUCUCUGUUAAGCAUCACACUCACAACUCAAGUUAUCUCGUGGUUUAGAUUGUUAGAGAGGUGGUUUACUUGAAGUUUGUAUUUACACUGAAGAUGUUUAUGACUGCCCACUCAAAGCUCUAGGAUCUGUACACUGCAGUUCUGUUUAGUCUAGAAGAGCUGGUGAGAAAUCAUUCUUCUCUAAUUGUGAUUCUGCAACUGUCAUGUCAUAUCAUGUUUAGUGCACGAGGUAAUGCUUCUCAGUUUUAAGCAGAGCGUUGUCGACUCUGCUAAGUACACUUGAAUGUUCGGCGAGGUGAGAGAAAUAAAGGAGAAAGAGACACAUGUCAAAGGGCGUUGAUUAGCGCGGCAUCGCUGUAAUGGAGGCCCAGGCACCAAUGUAUCAGUUCCUCCUUUGCUCGCCAGGUGGCGGGAGUUAGUAGGUAAUAAACUCAAGAUCAGCAGUUCGCAGCA